AUGAGUAGCAUUUUUGUAGGAAUCUACCUCUCAGUGGUUUCUGAUGUGAAUGCGUUUGUGCUAUUCUCUCCACAGCAUGGUACAAAUUAUAACAGAACAACGAUUUUUUUGCAGAAUGGUUGUCCAUCUCAUUCAAGUUCUGUCGUGGGGACAGAGUCUGGUCGACGUCAUGUACUUCCUCUAGAUAGUAUCAGAAGGCCAGAUUGUGCUGUGAUGAUCAAAAUUGCUUCAACUAUCAUUUCCCUUGAAAAGCCAUUUGUGGAUUUGGUGGCAGUGGCGGAUGUUUCACUAUUAUCUCAUGUUCGCCAGCCUCUCUGUAUCAGCGCACAAUUGACACUGUCAACGUCAGUAACAGUCCCGGUAUCAUGCAUUUUGUCGCCAUUCGAUUCUGCCAGACAGUCGUGUCUUCUGCGAAUCAUUGUACCUUAUUCGUGGUUCCCGCUUAACAACGGUCAUAAGCAGAUCGUCACACUUCUGCAUUCCACAGAUAAAGAAUGUGGCGCUCUGCACGCUGAACUAUAUCGCACAAAAAUUAUACUGUUAUCGCCUUCUCCAAAUUAUGGAUCAUUUGAUCUUCACAGACAUUUUCCCACAUUGCAUCUGCAGCUACUGUCACCAACGAAUUUUACUCUUGCGGCAAGUUCGCUUACAACUUUAUUGCUGCAUUUCGAUUACAACGGUACCAAUGAAACUCGCUUCACUGCUAUACAGAUAAGGAUUUGGCUAAACAGUUAUUUGAAACUUCUAAGCGUCACUUCAGCAGAUCCAAAGCUGUGGACAAUACAAGUGGAAACUGCUUCUCAUCCUGACACUUAUAUGACCUUUACGUGUCACUACCACUCUUCCUCAUCUUUGGAUGGCAAUUUCGAGAGAUUCAAUGGGUAUAUAAUGAUGAUGUUGAUCAAAGUAAAAGGCCCGACAGAAACAAAAUCCAAAAUGCAAUCAAGUGCUAUCGAUAAUGAUUUGGGUAAAACGACAACAAAGAGAGUGACAACACAAUUCCGCAUAUUUUCGGAUUUUCUAUAUGCUUUACUGCCAAUGAUCAAAGGAGAAAAUCUGGUCAAUACAGCUGUGCUAUCAGGAAAGCAAGCUGCGGUACCAAUGAAGAUAUUCUCCGUUACGGAAGGUGGAAAUCUGGAUGACGUAACUAGCAGUUCAUAUUGUUUGAGUGCCGAAUCACGAGUUUUGAAGGUUUCACCAACUUGUAGUUCCAUCUACGUUGACGGAUCAGAGUUACGUGGUAUGAGUAAAGUUAAAGUGCAUGUCCAUUUUAAAACAAUGACCACUUCGAUUGAAGUUACAGUUUGGUAUCCACGACUUCCAAUAACUGUUUGGUUAUCAGAUCCAGUGCUAAAUGCCAUCAAAGACUGGCAAAUAGCAGUGUGGAAGUGGCUUCCUAGCAGACGUAAAAGGGAAGCCCGACAGUUUGGUUGUAUCAAUAAGUAUCAACAAGCCGAGAUUCGCAUCCUUGCAAGUUAUUAUGUAGGCGAUAAAGAGACUGGAGAACGGAUCUAUCUAUCCGGUGACCGGGAUAUUUUAUUCGAUGUGACAUCAUUGACUAUGAAUCAUGUGCAUAGUUCAAAUAUUGCUGUUGCUGUUGUAUUACCUCGACAAGAUCGCAUUUUUGUUGUGGCCCAUCGUCCCGGUUCAGCCAGGAUAACAGUUCGCUCAAAUACUCCAAAUAUAGAUUACGGCAGUGCUCCAAUCGUGGUGACGGAAGAUGCUGUCUCCAUACGACGGUUUGCGGUAGAAGGAGUUGCUGAUAUUGCUUUAGAUAUUGAACGAAUUCCUAGAAGGGCUCACGAAUAUGUCGUUUCAACGUUUGUUCAAAACACUUUGACUUAUAAGUAUCAACAUGCCACUCUGGUGUGUCGAUUAUAUUUCUCGGACGAACAGGUGCUUGAAUUAACCGAUAUUCCAUCAGAGCAGUACGUAUUGAGAGGAUGGAGUUCAGAUGAGCAAGCCAUAGCAUUGAAUCAUGGACCAGGUGGCCAUAACAUCGAACUUAUCGUUCUACAGAAUGCUAAAAAUGUGAUAAUCUCAGUUAGCUUACAUAGUCCAGUGCAGUGCAGUGAACCAGAUUCGAAAGCUAUCGUUCAGAUCGACUAUCCCGUACAAGUCGAAUUCAAUGAAAGGAAGUUUACAAGCACAUCAUCUAUGAUUAGUUAUAGCAAUAGCACGAGACUGGAGUCUAUCACCAGUUCUGGUGGAUGGAAUUCGGAGGUGUUGCUGGGGCUAAUCAUUCUUCUGGCUGCAAUAAUAGGUAUUGUGCAUGCGAUAGGUUCAAAGGGCAGACAACCAUUCAAUGAAGGUUAUGAGAAGUUAGUACUGCCAAUUCUUACUCGAUUAAGUUCAUCGAGCUCAUGUGGAAAAGAUGAAAAUUCACAGGAAUGGAUAUGGUUAUCGAAGGCGCAAAUUGAUAGUGCCAGUAUAAACAGCAGGUAUUCACAGAAAUCAACUAUGGAUGUCGCUGAUAAUACAUCAAAUGUAAGUACUGGGAGUACGCAACGUAGCAUAUCAUAUCGUGGAUCAGAAAUCAGCGUAUUCAUAUCUCCACAACCUGCUGUGGCUAUCAAUCUUGAUUCGUUGGAAAGACAUACAACAAGCUGGCGUGGUAGAGAGAAAGCCAAGUUGAAAAGAAAUGCGAUGAUUGAUAGCAGUUCUUCAGAACAUAACCUUUCCAGAUAUUCAUACGCAAAUUUGAAUGGGUACGGCUUUACUUAUGUCGCCUCCGCUGGCAACGGAAAAAGUCCGUGGAACAGAGGAGAAGGAAUUGCUGCAGCAACAUCCAAACAAGUAUGCUGGCGACAUAUCGAUCGUGAUUUUAGCUUCGAUUCCGUGCCUGAUAUGGAUGGAAUCCGAGAAACAGUCACCUAA